UCGAGCUGAGUCAUAUUGUAAGAAUCCAAUGCCCGUAGUAGUACACCGCGCUGUCGCACAACGAAUCGUUUAAGAUUUUCCAGCGGCAAACGUCCGGCGAAUUUUUUUCCGUUCGCGCGCGUUAACGUAACACCGGCCACACUCGCCGUUCGAAACUCGCGCCUGUCUACGGUCCCCGACGACGACGUGUGAAAUCCGUUUUGUAUACCGCCCGGCCACCGCCGCCGCUGUAAUCGUUCUACGCGCGGAAAACCCAAUCGUAGCAGUCGGUCCGAGAUGGCAUCCGGAGUAACCGUAGCAGAUGCGUGCAAGAAGGUGUACGAGGAGAUUAAAAAGGACAAGAAGCACAGGUACGUGGUGUUCCACAUUAAAGACGAGAAGCAAAUCGACAUCGAGGUGAUCGGAGAACGCAACUCUACUUACGACCAGUUCCUAGAAGACUUACAAAAGGCUGGGCCGCAGGAAUGCCGUUACGGCCUUUUCGACUUUGAGUAUACUCACCAGUGCCAGGGCACGUCGGAAAGCUCCAAGAAGCAGAAGCUUUUUUUGCUGUGCUGGUGCCCGGACACUGCUAAAGUCAAGAAGAAGAUGGUCUACUCAUCCAGCUACGACGCGCUUAAGAAGUCAUUGGUCGGCGUGCACAAAGCGUUCCAGGCCACGGACCAUUCGGAAGCGUCCCAGGAAGUUAUCGAGGAGAAACUCAGGUCCACCGACAGACAGUAAAAUUACGCCACACAUAUACAUACAUACAUACAAAAAUAAUACAUAUUAUGUAUAUUUAUAAAAACAAAGUUUUCAUCUUUUACGUUUUGGUAUUAAAUUCAAUAAAAAACUUAAAAAAAAAACCAUUAUAUUAGUUCUUCCACAACGUAAUCGUUUAUUACGAAAAUAUUUAAAAAACAAAAAUUGAAUAAAAAAAAUACUUAUAAAUUUUAAAACAUAUACUAACAUUUAAAUAAACAAAUAAUCAUAUGCAUGGUUAUAAAGCGAUAUGUCUCCGUCGGAGCAUUUAUUUUAUACCUAUAUAUUAUUUUAAGUACUUUUAAUGCAUGCGUGUUUAAUUUAUCAUGGACAAAUUAUACGUAUUUUCAAACUUGAAGCUCUA